AAGCAUAUCUUCAUCUCCUGUCAUCACUCUCUGCUCUUCAUUCCCUCAACACAAAAGCCUCUCCUCUUUGAUCCAUGACCUAUCAUCUUCAGAACGAAGAUGAAGCACUCCAUGUUUUUCCAAUUUCUUCCGCGCUAACCCUCUGCUGCCCUCUUCUCUAAUUCACCAACCAACUACCCAUCAUUUUCUAUCCACCAGCAGCCUCCGCCACCGCCUGCAAACUCUGCUGCCGGCACCGGAAAGAACACCGCCUCCUUCAGAAACUUAGGUUGCCAUUGCAAUUGAUCAAAUGGAUAUUAAUGGGCAUGGUGAUGCUGUGGAGAACGUGGGAGAUGCUACAGAAAUACAAAUAUAGUGCUAAGAAUUUUGCACUCUAAAAAAACUAUAGGUAAUCCGCCAUUUCUGUCAUUUCCCACAAUGCCAUCUGCAUAAUUCUAUAGCGGAUUUUUGGCCCUCGGCCAUGAGCAUCCAUCGGCAAUAAAAAGCUAUGAAUCUGAGCAAGGAAUAGGGGAAAAUACACACUUAAUUGAGAUAAUUAGCAAAUCACUCCGAGGCUGCUUCCAAACCGCCAUCUGAAUGGCACCCAAAGAGCCACUGGUGAUCUCUAACAAGGACGAGAUGAGGAAAUGGUCAAGGGCCAUGAGAUGCCAGGGCAAGGUCAUCGGACUUGUGCCUACCAUGGGCUACCUUCAUGAGGGCCACCUUACUCUUGUCAGAGAAGCUCACAAGCAUGCCAAUGUUAUAGCUGUGUCAAUCUAUGUAAACCCAGGGCAAUUUUCACCAAAUGAAGACCUUUCCACAUACCCUUCUGACUUUGAUGGUGAUAUCCGAAAGCUUAUGUCUGUUCCUGGUGGUGUUGAUGUUGUCUUCCAUCCCCACAAUUUGUAUGACUAUGGAAAUGAUAAGAGGAAUAGUAAUGUUGCAAUUGAGGGUGACAAAACGGUGUCUUGUGUUGAUCAAGGUGGAUUUGGGCAUGAAACUUGGGUUAGUGUUGAAAAUCUUCAAAAGGGUCUUUGUGGAAAUAGCAGACCUAUUUUUUUCAGAGGUGUUGCUACCAUUGUGACCAAGUUAUUUAAUAUAGUGGAGCCUGAUGUAGCUGUCUUUGGAAAAAAAGAUUAUCAGCAGUGGCGAAUUAUUCAAAGAAUGGUUCGAGAUCUUGAUUUUUCCAUUAAAAUUGUUGGUUCUGAAAUAACACGUGAGGAUGAUGGCUUGGCAAUGAGUUCGCGUAAUGUGCGCCUUUCUAUGAAAGACAGGCAAAAUGCACUAUCUAUAAAUAAAUCUUUGUUAAAAGCUAAAUCAGCAGCAGCAGGUGGUCAGGUGCAUUCUGAGAAGUUGAGAAACUUAGUGGUCCAAUGUAUUACUGAGGCUGGUGGACAGAUUGAUUAUGUUGAGAUUGUUGAUCAAGAGAAUUUGGAGAAAGUGGAAUUUAUCAAUGGCGGCCCUGUUGUCUUGUGUGUUGCAGCAUGGUUUGGGAAAGUGAGACUUAUAGACAACAUGGAAAUUAACUUAAAAAUGGAUGUGAGAAAAUGAUAUAGUUAAGCUACCAUGUCUCAUCUUAUCUCUCAAGCAUGCACCACUUGGUAAUAGCCCAUGCACAAUGAAAUUUCCCCCCCUCUUUCUUGGUAUGAAUUACUCUUCAUUACUGGUAGGUUUAUUUUGUUUGUUGGCUGAUAAUAAUAGAACACACCGAUGGUUAUUCUCCGUGACAACAGUGUAAUAAAGUCAUAAACUAUAGAAAGAAAAAAGUUGAAAAAGUAUUGUUUGCAAAAGAGAGUUUGUAAAUGACAAUUGUCGGGAAUGUUAUACAAGUGUGACUUUUUGUUUUCUUUCUUUAA